CCCGCCAGCACCUUCCUUAUCGAGCAUUACCCCUCAUCUCUUGCUGCCGUUCUGUCGUGAAAGGUAUAUGAACAACAAUAACCAACACAUCAACGUUGAUCUCUCAAACGAAGUUGUCUCCAGACAUUAAGCUGUUCAGUUCGCGUCUUAGGCAACACGAUACUCUUACCUCCGUCGUUAUGCCGUUUGACAUCUCGAAAGCACGAGGGUGCUUUCCCGCUUUGCAGCAAGACCAAGUCUUUCUAGACAACGCAGGAGGUAGUCAGGUACUGGAUGUUGUGAUCAAUUCAAUGACUCAAUAUCUGUCCCAAACAAAUGUUCAGUUAGGAGCUUCUUACCGAACUGGGUCGGUUUCGAACACCAAGUAUGAAGAAGGCUAUCAGGCUGCAGCGAAGUACAUCAACGCAGGUCGUGAUGAGAUUGUACUUGGUGGGUCCACCACGCAGCUUUUUAUGAACCUCGCCAACGCACUUGACUUCCACGAGGGUGAUGAGAUUAUCCUCUCGAAGAUGGAGCACGAAACCAACGUCAAGCCGUGGUUAUUCAUGGCUGAGCGACUCAAGCUAAAAAUCAAAUGGUGGGUUUCAGACAGGUCAGACGGGCUGAGGUUAACAGCGAAGAAUCUGAAACCGCUCCUCUCCGAGAAAGUGAAGUUCGUCGCUUGUACGCAUGUCUCUAAUAUUCUAGGAACAAUUCAUGACGUGAGGGAAAUCGCAGAUGCAGUGCAUGAAGCUGGUGCGUUACUGUGCGUAGACGGUGUCAGCUUCGCACCUCAUCGGAAUGUCAAUGUCAAGUCUUUUGGAGUCGACUUUUACUCGUUUUCGUGGUACAAGGUGUAUGGUCCUCAUAUUGCUGUACUCUAUGCCAGCAAUUCUGCACAAGAGCAUGUAAAGUCUAUGGCACACUAUUUCAAUCCUGGGAAUACUCUUGAAGAAAAACUGGGGUUCGCAUCGUCGAACUAUGAGUGCACACAAUCCAUCCCAUACAUUGCCAGCUACCUCGAUGGUUCCAUCGAUGCCAUCACUGAGCAUGAGGGCAAGCUUCAGAAGAUCCUACUCGAUUAUCUGAACUCCCGACCGGACACCACGGUCCACGGAUCCACGUCAGCUGACUCCACAGUCCGCGUGCCCACUGUAUCGUUUACGGUGGAAAAGAUCAGUUCCAAGACAAUUGUAGAAGAGGCGGAAAAGAUCUCGAACUUUGGGUUUAGAUGGGGUCACUUCUACUCCAAAAGGUUGUGUGAUGAGGUGCUUUGCUUGGGUCCAGAAGGUGUCACGAGGGUCAGCAUGGUGCACUACAACACCGAGGAGGAGAUACGGGGCUUAGUAUCGGUGCUCGAGAAGGUUCUUCCGAAGAUUUAAGAUGCGCAUUUGUGUGUCUUGGCCCUGAUUACCAGCUCAAGAUAUUGUAUGGUGUCCAUUGAACAAUUUGCAACAAGGGUACCAAAUGUCAUACUCUACUACUACCUAAACUCUAUUCCUCAGCUUGUGAAAUUCUCGUUAGCAAAUGCCAGGCACACAGACGCG